CCUCGACGUUGGGUGCACGAGACUGAAAGACCAAAUUGCAAUCAUUCUUCGGUCUCUUUGGCUUUUAUCGACAUAGUUAAGUAGCAUGGGAUUCCAAACGGAUAAACAACAAGGUUUCAAAAAGACCCAAGACUCAGAUGAUGAGUUGGUAAUAUCAGGUAUGGCGGGGUGCUUCGCCGAAUCCGCGAACGUCUACGAGUACAGGGAUAACCUCGCGAACAAAGUCGACAUGGUGACUUGCGAUGAGAGACGUUGGGUGACGAACCAUCCCGAAAUACCCAAACGGGCCGGAAAGAUGAACUUUAUCGAAAAAUUCGAUUCGGGUUUCUUCGGGGUACACGGAGCGCAGGCGCACUCCAUGGAUCCAAUGGCUCGGAUGCAACUCGAAAGGACAAUUGAAGCCAUUUUGGACGCAGGAUAUCACCCCGAAGAGCUGAAAGGAACGCGGACUGGCGUUUUUAUCGGCAUGAGCGAGUCGGAGGCGGACGAGAUGUUGUUCUACCCAAACUUGACGUCGCCCAAUUUCGGAGGGACCGGCUGCACCCGAUCAAUGCAUUGCAGCUGGAUCAGUCAUAUUUUGCACCUUGAUGGGCCAUCCGUUUCCAUCGAUAGCGCAUGUAACAGCUCCCUAACUGCUAUCGAGCACGCAUUUUCCGCGAUCCGACUGGGAAAAUGUGACGCCGCCAUUGUCGCAGCUGGACAUCUCUGCUUGAAACCAAAGAAGACGUUAGAGUUCUCCAGAUUGGGCGUACUAAGCGGCGAUGGUCGCUGCAAAUCCUUCGAUCAAUCGGCCAAUGGAUACGUACGAUCCGAAGCAGUUGGCGCCCUAUUCGUACAAAACGUAAAGGCGGCGAGGCGCAUUUACGCCAAGAUUAUUAACGCGAAAACUAACUGUGACGGAUACAAGGAGCAAGGCAUUUCGGUUCCUGCCGAGAAAGGACAGAAAGCGCUGUUGAUGGAAUUCUAUCGGGAAUGCGGGGUUGAACCCUCCAGUAUCGAUUUCUUGGAAACGCAUGGUCCAGGUACCAAAAUAGGAGACCGCGUAGAAAUUUCGGUCACCGACUCCAUGUUCUGCACCUCCCGCCAAAAGCCUCUCUAUGUGGGUUCGGCCAAGUCCAACCAUGGGCACGCCGAGGGAGCGUCGGGAUUUUGUGCGGUUGCAAAGGUACUUCUGAGUAUGGAGGGAGACAUUCUUCUGCCGAAUAUUAACUUUUCGAAAACCAACUACGAAGCGUUCGUGGCGGGUCGAAUGGCCGUCGUGACCGACGUGAUGCCGUGGCCCGAGAAACGGACGGGUCUGGUGGCCGUUAACAACUUUGGAUUUGGAGGUGCCAAUGCUCACCUUCUCUUGGAGCGGCAUACUAAGGUCAAGGUCAAUGGGGGAAUUCCCGAGGAUGAUUUGUCGCGGUUGGUGUGCUUUAGUGGGCGUACCGGGGAGGCCGUCGACGCGUUCAUUGCCGAUUUGGAGCGAAGGGAACUGGAUGCGGAGUUUGUACGGUUGUUGCACGAAAUUUUUAGUAAGCCAAUGGAUGGCCACCUGCAUCGAGGGUUUGUUAUAGUGACAAAGUCAGCGAUUAUGGAACGAUCAAGGAGCUACAACGGUAUGCAAAGAGCUCCCCUCUGCUUACUAUUUGGUGGCCCUAACUCAACAUUGGUCAAACACAGUCAGUCACUUCUGAAAUUUCCAAUCGGCGCCUUGACACUAAAACGGAUUCAAACUGAGUUGAAUUCUUCUAUACCCGAACUAACCGACUUUUUGAACAAAGGAUGGCAAAAUUCCCAAGCCGACUUCGUACUUGGAACGGUACUGAGUCAGUUGAUUUUGGCAGAACUUUUGAAGUGCCUGAAGUUGGACGUGGCCCACGUCGUAGGGUAUUCCACCGGAGAGAUAGCCGCAGGUUACAUGACUCAUUCCUUGAGCUUGGAAGAAGCCGUCGCUCUUGGUUUUCACUUAGCCGAAAGCCUUAGAACGUUCGACAACAACGGCCAGACGUAUUUGAAAGAAAAUAUACCCGCCAUACCAUCAGCUAAUGGUCACCAAGACUUGAAUAUUGAAAAGAUGGGCGACAAUUCCGUCACCCUCCUCAAACACCAACAGAAGUUAGUUUCAGACUUGAAGAGCCGUCUAAAGCCGUCGGUGCGUUUUCCCAAAAAAAGUUCGGCUCAUAAUGGAGCAAACAGGAAAUUUUCCCCAGAGGUUUUAAUUUCCUCCAUGUUUACUCCCUGCCGAGAUCUACACCCAAAGCUGAAUCUUUUCUUUUUGCACGCCGAAGAAGACUUAUCUCAUUUUGGAAACGUUUCGACAGAGAUGCAGUUAAGAAUGGAACCAGAUCAACAUUUCCUCGUCACUUUGGGAAAACUCUACGAGCGUGGGUAUAACGCGACACUCUCCGAAUUAUAUCCCCCGAUUUCUUGGCCAAUCAGCGCACGUACUCCAUCCAUUUCGCCAUUGAUUAAGUGGAACCAUGAAGACGAUUGGUUUGUGGCACUCUCUAGCGUCAAGGAAAACGCGCACGCCAACGGAUGCCCGGUUGUUGUGAAAGCUAAAAAUAAAAAUUGGCAGUUUAUAACUGGACACCUCAUUGAUGGUCGCUGCUUGAUACCGGCGACUGCAUACCUGAAGAUGGUUUGGGAUAUCUACGUGGAAGUGCAGAAGGAAGGAACGUUAGAUUUGCGUAUAGUCUUUGAAGACGUCCAAUUUAAAAAGGCGACAUAUUUCUCGGAAGAAGACGAAGUGAAAUUAUUUGUGUCGGUCCACAAGACAACUGGAGCAUUUGAGGUAGCGGAAUCGGGCGUUGUAGUUGUGACCGGCAGGAUGCGCACGGUAAGCAAAAGUGAUUCUCCCAUGUUGUGCGCUCCAAUCACCGGAAGAAACGAGCUACGAUUGGACAAAACUGAUAUUUACAAGGAACUCAAACUGCGAGGUUACAACUACAGCGGUUUAUUCCGCGGUGUAGAUUCAUGUGCCUUGGACGUAACUGAUGGUUCGAUCGAAUGGGCCGAUAACUGGACCACGUUCAUGGAUAACAUGCUUCAGAUGAAGAUACUCCACAAGGACACGAGAAGCCUGUAUGUUCCGACCUACAUCGAGCGGGUGAUCAUCGAUCAGGAUCUGCACCGGAGGUGUCUAUACGAUGGCAAGCUACCAGUGCGCUUAUGCGCCCAUUCCGAUACCGUUAGAGCUGGGGGCGUCGAAAUAAAAGGACUCGGGACAAGCGCCAUUUCAAAACGAAAAAUAUUGGACGAGCCGGUUUUGGAAGCGUACAAAUUUGUACCUUUCGAGGGGCGUCUAAAUUUGGUCGAUGCAGUGAGGGUGAAUACUCAAAUUGUCAUUGAAAACUCGAGACAACUCACAUUUAAUUGCGUGGAAGUGGUGGACGACUCUCGGUCUUCGGAACCGAUUACUCCGAUACUUCAACAGGCACUCGGAGAGGAACCGCUCAUUCAACCCAAUUUGGUUGUACUCUCCAGUCGAGACCUCGCAUUUGAUGCAAUCGACGUAAGAGACCAGAAACUCGCGGAGGGGCCCGGCGAUCACUUGCUGGUGAUAGUGGCAAAUGCACUUCGAAGCCCUCAGCUUCUUGAGGAGGCGUUGAUGGUUUUAAAGGACGGCGGCUUUGUAUUAUCAAGGGAAGAUGUAGGUUUCCACCAGGAUCCCGACGGUGUACCAGACGUUGAGAUGAUAAGCGUCUAUGAGACGGAAGCCGAAACCUUGGUCUUAUUGCAAAAGCGGAAGCCAACCGGGAGUCUCACAAUCGUCGACUUAGACAAUGUUGCCAAUUUCACCUGGUUGCCAGCUCUGCAAGCGCUCGUCAAAUACAACAAGAACGUCAUGCUAGUCGCUCAAAACGACUCGACCACCGGAGUACUGGGGCUAUUCAAUUGUCUAAAAAUGGAACCUUAUACGGAAAAAGUGCGCUGCAUGUAUAUUGCAGACGAGUCGCCCAAAUUUGACGUGAACACCCCGUUGUACGCCACCCAAUUGAAAAUGGGCUUAACUGUGAACGUCUACAAGGGUGGGAGGUGGGGCACUUACCGCCAUCUACCGUUGGCAAGAUCACAGCCGGUUCCGCGCGAACACAUCUUUAGCCAUGCGUUGACUGUGGGCGAUCUUUCUAGUUUGGUAUGGUCCGAAGGACCCUUGAAGAGGAAUGAUGCGCUUCCACCGGGUGAAAGUUUGGUUAACGUCGAUUACUCCGCGCUCAAUUUCCGCGACGUGUUGACGGCAUCGGGGCGAAUCAGUGCUGACGUCUACACUGCGGAUCGUUUGGAGCAUCAAAUAGUGCAAGGCGUGGAAUUUUCAGGAAGGCUCUCUAGUGGCGAACGUGUGUUUGGAAUGGUUCGAGAUGGAGCGUUGUCGACUUUGGUAUUGGCUAAUCCCUCCAUGAUGGUAACUGUACCAGACGAUUGGUCCGUAGAAGACGCGGCUACUGUCACUGUUGCAUAUGCAACCGUGUUACUGUGCUUAGAACAUGAAGCCCGCAUUAAAAAAGGUCAAAGUAUUUUGAUACACUCCGGAACUGGAGGCGUAGGGCAAGCGGCCAUAAACGUCGCCGUCCAUUACGAGUGCGACAUUUUCGUAACCGUCGGAACCGAGGAGAAACGCAACUACCUUCGGCAACGCUUCCCACAGAUACCAGAUCGCCACAUCGGAAGCUCGCGCAGCACCACAUUCGAGCAAAUGAUUCUGAAGGAGACGAGGGGACGCGGCGUAGACUUGGUCCUCAACUCCCUAUCGGAGGACAAGCUCCAGGCCUCGCUCCGCUGCCUCGCGCGCGGGGGGAAGUUUCUAGAGAUUGGAAAGUUCUACAUGCAGAACAACUCGCGGAUGAAGUGUGAAACGAUCCGUAACGGCUGCAGUUUUCACUCGGUAAUGCUGGACAUGUUCUUCGGUGAAAUUCCAUCGCGCCAAAAGUUCGUCUUUGAUCUUCUGAGGAGAGGCAUCGAGAAAGGGGCGGUGAAACCCUUACCGCGCGUCGUAUUCAAAAAGGAACAAGUUGAGGAAGCCUUUCGUUUCAUGGCCGGCGGUAAGCAUAUGGGAAAAAUUCUGUUGAAAAUUUCGGACGACGGAAAAUCGCCGUUGUUCUAUGGAGUACCGAGAUUCUACGGAAACUUCGAAAACUGCUCGAUAAUCGUUGGUGGACUAGGCGGGUUUGGUUUGGAGUUGGCGGAAUGGUUGGUGCUGAGAGGCGUGAAGAAGUUGGUUUUGGUGUCCAGGGCCGGUGUCAGGAACGGUUACCAGGCGGCCAAAAUUAAAAAUUGGGAAAGAUGCGGUGUGACCACCUUGGUUUCGACGGAAAACGUCGCCACCAGAGAAGGGUGUGUAGAGCUGCUCAGAAGAGGAAACCAGCUGGGACCGGUCGAGUCUAUUUUUAAUUUGGCGGUUAUCCUGAAGGACGCCAUUUUGGAAAACCAAACCGUGGAAAUGUUCGAAGAAGCGUUUCGUCCAAAGGCGGUUGUCACCAAGUUUUUAGAUGAGAUGUCAAGAGAGAUGUGCCCUAAAUUACGGCAGUUUGUUGUGUUCUCAUCGGUGAUCUGUGGAAGGGGAAACGCCGGACAGGCCAACUACGCUAUGGCAAAUUCAGUUAUGGAAAGAAUAUGUGAGCGAAGAAAAAGGGACGGGUACCCGGGUUUAGCGAUUCAGUGGGGGGCGAUUGGAGAGGUGGGGUUGGUCGCGGAGAGGGAAGGUUCUAUUCGAGGUACUCUACCGCAAAAGGUCUCGUCGUGCCUAGGCGUUUUGGACACGUUCCUGAGCCAAGACGAGCCUGUAGUUUCCAGCAUAGUAGUAGCCGAAAAAACGAGAGACUGCAGGGGUUCCCAGAAAAUUGUUGACUCCAUUAUGAGGAUCAUGGGCAUCAAGGAUUUGAAGAGUGCUGGGAUGCACAAGUCAUUUUCCCACAUGGGAUUGGACUCAAUUAUUGCUGUUGAACUCAAACAAACUUUAGUGCGCGAAUUCAACGCUGACUUUAGCGAUCAAGAAGUGCGUGACCUGACAUUUGCAAGAUUACAAGCAAUGGAAAGUGGAAAAGCUGUAGAUUUUAAAAAUUCGAGCGUUAUGGCGAGAGUAAUUAGCGAAAUGUACAUGCUACUUCCGAACGUAGAUGAAAACAUGGAGGAAUCUUCAUUUAUCGUUAAGCAAAAGAGUUUGGUGAGCGAAGCCAACAACGCACCGUCUGUCUUUCUUCUUCCUGGCUUAAACGGUGUGUGCACAAUUAUGGAGAUGUUAUCUGCAAACCUAAACUGCCACGCCUACUGUUUACGAUACGAUGAAUCCGCCACUAUGAUUGAGGAGCUCUCUCAGCAAGCUCUCCUGCACUUACCUUCCGCCAAAGAACCGUUUACUGUAAUUGCCUACUCCUUCGGCUGCAUAGUCGCCUUGCACCUAGUCUCUCAGCUCGAAACUAAAGGCUACAGAGGACAGCUGAUUCUGAUAGAUGGAUCUCACUCCGUUUUCAAAAGGCGAAUAGCUGCCUUGAUUCCCAACGUACAGGAUGAGACAUUCCUGCAGACUUAUAUUCUUGCAGCGCUCGCAAAGUCGUUUGUGCCCUUAGACCGCCUAUUAAGGGUGGAGGAGACGCUGCUACGCUGUCAAGCCUUGGAGGACCGAAUCGAUGUGCUACUACGCCUUUCCGACGAAACAGAAUUGGUGAAAAAACGUCGAGGAGAAAUUGUGAAAUCGUUCUAUGGACGGGUUAAGAGCGGCAUUGAAUUCGAACCGAAAUUUGAGAAGAUAAAGUCGUCGAUAACGCUGUGUAAGCCGACCGAGUCCAUCUUUCCAGGGAGUAGCGAAGAUUACGACGUGGAAGAAUUGUGCGAGGGUUCGGUUUCGGUCCAUACUUUCAGUGGAAAUCACUUUACCAUCCUGAAGAAUACAUGUAUGGCAAAUGAAAUUAAUAAGAUAAUUAGUAAUAGAUAAAGUAAGUAGUGGUAAUCAUUUACAAUGUAAUAAA